GUCUGCCAAAUGACUCUCACCGACCUCCCCACCAACACCGAAUUACGCGCGCAGAACGACACGGGCGACUGUAUGCAAAUGCUCGACGACGCGUGCGUUCAGGCCAUCCGUUCCGCCGCAGAGACGUACGCGGAACGGUUAAUCCUCAACCGCCACGCGACCGCCUUGCACAACGAUUCCCAGCUCUCGCAGUCUUGCCCGGAAAUCGCUCACAUGAUCAACGCCGAUCCACCGGAAGAAUGCGGCCCUUAUUUCUCGGCCAAUACGACCUGGUACGACGCGGCCGCGUUGACCGAUUCCCAAUCUUCACCCAUCUAUCAUGGUUGCCAAGCACAAGCCGACGACGACGACGACACCACCACCACCGCCUCCAAACAUGGAGAUGACCAUCAUAGCUCUCCGUGGUGGUCUCUCAAUUCGGCCAAAAAUUCUUACAGUAAUCAAAUCUACGACUUGGUCGUGACGCAUGUCAGUCCCGUCUUGAUGAUUUGGGUCUCUGUUUCGAAUCCUUCUACUUCUACUUCUACUACCCAACCAAAUACUAAACCACCGUCGACGGCUACGGCGACUUCCACCGCUCUCCUCAAAUGUCUUCGACCCAAAACCAUUUCUCCGGGAAGUCGCGCCCCGGCUGUCUUGCCUGCGCCAGAACCUGUGGUACCAUUUUCCCAGGACAAGAACAAGCAGGAUGGGGAGUCAUCAGAUGGUAGUAAAAGUAAAAGUACUGAUGAUGAUGACGCCGCCAAGAAAGACAAGAAGAAAAAAUCCAAAAAAUUAACUGAUGCGUGUAUUGCGGGAAUCGCAAUUGGAGCGAUUGUUGGUGUGGCGUUGGUGAUUGGUGGAGGGGUGAUUUGGUGGUUGAGACGGAAGACGAGGAAAAUGGCUGCUGUGGCUGUGGCUGGGGCGAUGAGGGGCAAGGGGGAGGAUGAUGGUGAUGCGAAUGGGAAUGAACCUCCUCAUGCUGGCGGUCGCGGUAGCGGUGGUGGUGGUCAUGGUGAUUAUGGUGAUGGUACGAAGAAUUUGCACGAGUUGCCGCAACCAUAUCGGGUUUUUGAACUCGAUGCUGCGGGACGAGAGCCGGUGGAAUUGGAGACCAAGUGUACCAUGGAGUUGGAAGGGAGUACGCCGAAUACGGCUGUCGAA